UCCGAAACGUCGGUUAACACUAUAUCUACACGGCGCCACAUCCAAGAAGGCUGCUUUCUUCAGUUCUUGAAAUUGUUUCUUAAUUACAUUUCAGGCCUGAAUCGAUCUGCAUUUGAUAAUAAAACAGUGAGCUUUGAAGAACACAUCAAAUGUGAGCAUAACAUGUGGCACUACUUGUACUUCAUUGUCCUUGUGAAAGUGAAGGACCCAACUGAAUUCACAGGACCAGAAAGUUAUGUGUAUGCAAUGGUGAAGGAUCGGAACUUGGAAUGGUUCCCAAGACUGAGGGCCAUGUCACUUGCAGCAGAUGAAGGUGAGGCCGAACAAAUUGAACUGCGAACAUUGCAGGUGCAGUUGGAGAAAACACAAGCACUAGUGGCAAAUCUUUCGCAGCAGUUAACAGAACUGAGAGAUCAGAUGACUGAGCAAAGAAAGCAGAAGCAGAGAAUUGGUCUGCUGAAUUCAACUUCAGCUUACCUGCAGCACCUGCCGGCACAGUAGAGCUGCUGAACUGCAGCUGCACUUGUAGAAGUUGUUUCACUGCCAGACUUCAUAAUGGAUCAACAUCCUUUUGAUGUUAGAGAACAGAUAUUUGCAGAAGUCUUUAAUUUUCAGGAAGACCAAUUAUCUUCUUGCUACAGUGGAACUUCAUUUUAAUGUCCCUUUAUUUAAGGUUUUCCCUCAUUUAACAUCAAAUUCCAGUGAUCCCAAGUCAAUAAUCUCAGUGUUAAAUUACCUCCAUGUAAGGUUUUCUUGUUUAGUGUUCA